AUGUAUACCGAGGAAAAGAAGAAAAAUACCAACUAUGGGUCAAUCUUUGUCUACUGCUUCGUCGGUUUGGUUCUCGUUGUGGGGGUCGUAAGGUAUGCAAAACCUUAUUACAACCUUCAAAACCUAAUGGAGACAGAAGCAGUAAUAGAAGAAGCAUUCUUGGGUGUGGAGAAAUCACUUCCAUGUGCCUCAAGGAGCUCUGUAUCUGUUCCUGCCAGGAAUCACCAGAAGCUCUCAUCAACAGUAAAGGAAGAGACUCGAACUCGUCCCCCAAUUUCGUACUGUGUGAAGUUCGAGUCAUUUUCCACUAUGGCGAACCUGGUCAAAGACAACGGUGACAAGUACGAGUCACGUCCAUUCUCAGCCGGUGGAUACAAUUGGACGUUCCUCGUCUACCCAAACGAGAACAAGCCAGAGGGCUCUGGUGGAUACGUUUCGGUUUACGUAAAAAUCGAUAACUCAACUCUCAUCACCUAUCAAAAUGAAGUGUAUGCGUGGAUCAAAUUCCUCCUCUACAAAAGCAAUACAGACACGUACUAUGAGUUCCAUGCGACUGAGGCGCAGAGAUUUCAUUUGUUUAAACAUGAGUACGGAAUGCUCAACUUUCUUAAUAUUCAGUAUAUCAAAUAUCCGGAAUAUGGAUACCUUUUCAACGGCGGACAAAGUGUGUUUGGCGUUGACAUCGUGGUUUCUAAACCCUCUGGCACAUGGGAAGAUGUCUCUUAUGAAGAAAAUAUUCGUGACCCUGUUCUUGAUUGGAGACUCACCAACUUUUCUAUCCGCGAUCAAGUCUCUUACACUUCUGAUACGUUUUCAUCCGGAGGGAGAGACUGGGUAUUGAAAGUGUAUCCAAAUGGAGUUGGGUCUGCAACGGGUAAUUCAUUGUCACUAUACUUGUUGAGUGCGUCAAACCAGAAGGGUUACGUGAAAGCCAAGUUUAGAGUUAUUAACCAGACCCCAUCUAACAAUGUUGAGAAACAAGUGGGGGGAUGGCCCAAUGCACAAGAAAAUGGAUGGGGUUUAGACAAACUUAUACCUCUCGCAGAUAUCAAAAAUACGUCCACAGGUUUCCUCGUCAAGGAUACCAUCAAAUUUGAAGUCGAGAUCCUGGCCUUCUCUAGAGCCGACGCCGUCUCUAACUAA